CUCAUCCUCAGACCAGAGAAGAAUCUGGCCUUGCCUUCAUACGUGGAGAUUUAAAUCUGUGUUUGGGAUUACCAAAAGAAGUGAACCCAAUCUAAAGUCUGGCAGCACAAAGUUAAGACUAGACUAGGUAUCCUGUGGAUGAUGGGUGAAGAGCAGAAAAAGACGAACACUCAUAAUGGAGUCUCAGGGGCCCUUGAAGUCAAAAAGCAUGAUCAACCAAAAGCAGCAGCUCUCCGGCAGAAUGUGGGUCUCAUAAGUGGCAUCAGUCUGAUCGUGGGAACAAUGAUCGGCUCAGGGAUCUUCAUUUCUCCCAAAGCGGUUCUAGAGGGAACUGGAGCAGUGGGUCCAUGUCUGUGUGUGUGGGCUGCGUGUGGAGUGCUGGCUACACUGGGGGCCCUCUGCUAUGCUGAACUAGGUACAAUGAUCACUAGGUCUGGUGGAGAGUAUCCAUAUCUAAUGGAGGGUUUUGGACAAUUGCUUGCAUACCUAUACUCCUGGACCACAAUUAUUGUGUUAAAGCCUUCGUCGUUUGCCAUCAUUUCCCUGAGCUGUGCAGAGUACGCCUCCACACCAUUUUACCCAGGAUGUACCCCUCCUCAAGUUAUCACCAAAUGCCUGGCUGCAGCUUGUAUCUUAUUAAUUACACUUGUGAACUGUUUGAGUGUGAAGCUGGCCUCUAGAGUGCAAAACUUCUUCACAGCAGCUAAACUCUUGAUAAUCAUCGUCUUAGUGGUUGCAGGCAUUGUUCUGCUGGCUCAAGGGAAUACACAGAACCUUAGAGACCCAUUUGCAGGUGGAACAACAUCAUUUGGAGCAAUUGGCCUUGCUUUUUACAACGGUCUCUGGGCUUAUGAUGGCUGGAAUCAGCUCAACUUCAUAACAGAAGAGCUGAAAAAUCCCUACAGAAACCUUCCCCUGGCAAUCAUUAUUGGAAUUCCCCUGGUUACUGUGUGCUAUAUACUUGUCAACAUUGCAUAUUUCAGUGUAAUGACACCAGUUGAACUUCUACAGUCUUCUGCCGUUGCUGUGACUUUUGGUGAUAGAGUGCUGUACCCAUUUUCAUGGAUUGUGCCUUUAUUUGUGGUCUUUUCCACUUUUGGUGCAGCCAAUGGGAGCUGUUUCACCUCAGGCAGAUUGACAUAUGUGGCAGGACGGGAAGGUCACAUGGUUAGGAUCUUGUCAUACAUCAGUGUGAAACGUUACACACCCGCACCAGCGCUUAUAUUUAACGGCAUCCUGUCAAUCAUCUACAUCAUCCCAGCAGACAUAAACACUCUCAUCAAUUACUUCAGUUUUGCUCAGUGGACUUUUUAUGGGCUCACAUGCCUCGCACUGAUUGUUAUGCGAUUCACUAGAAAGGAGCUGCACAGACCUGUAAAGGUUCCUUUAAUCAUCCCUAUUGUAGUGGUGAUUGUGUCCUGUUACCUGGUGCUUGCUCCUAUCAUAGACAAGCCUGAGUUGGAGUACCUGUACUGCACAGUGUUCAUAGUGAGCGGUCUUCUCUUAUAUGUACCCUUCAUUUACUACAAAUUCAACUGGACCCGUCGCAUCAUGAGGCCACUUACAAUGCACCUUCAGCUGCUACUGGAAGUGGUCCCACCUGAGAAGAUUGAUUGAUAUCAAACUGCAGGGUAGACACAGAUGUGAUAAAUGGACAAAUGACUGAUCCAUGGACAUGUUGGUAAAGGAUUCUUAAAGGGAACAUGUCUACAGUACAUACUGACACACAAACAUACACAUUUGUAUAAAAAUACAUACAGUAUGUAUAUAUACAUGUUUUUUAAUAUAAUUCCUACUGCCAGGCUGUAUUUAAAUACAAUACAUCAGAAGUCUUUACUGGGUAGCAGGGAUAUGUUUUUACUUUAAAGAAUAACACUUUCAUAAAUGCUGGUAAAUUCCAGACUAAAAGUUACAGUUUAUCUAACUUAUAAUUGUGUUACUGUGAGAAAGUUUGUUGUACAGUCUGAAAAUGAUAUAUGAUGAUAUUUUUUCAAGUUUAUGAAAAGUGAAUUAAUUAUCUAAAAUAAAACAAUAUUUUCACUGAAUGUUAAACAUAUUUUCAAAUUGAAAUGUACCAUUCUGACAGUCCAAUGGCCCUAACUUCUGUCAUGUGCAAACUAAUAGAAAGGGUCUGAGUGAUUCCUGCUAUUCCUUGAUAAUCUGGGUCUUCAGAAGUUCAUCAGAGUGACUUAUGGAGAGCCAAUUGAAAUGAGGAUACAUUUCUAGCAUUAGAACCUGACAUUUGGAAAUUGCAAGUAAAUAAAGAAAUUAUUUGAGGUUAUGAAAAGAACUACUCUAGAAACCAUGAUCAAGAGUAGAGGAGAGGAUGUAUUGGUUCAGGCCAGGGUCAGAAUUUUUCAAAAACUCAACUGUUAAAAGGAAUUCUGGUCCAUGCUAGAACGAAAUUCAGAAAUAUUUUAUUUGGAACUGUAACUUAAUAAUAAUAAAAAUAAAAAUCUAUGUUAUAUGCUUCUGCGUUAUUUUCAACUUUAGAAAUUGUUUAAUUGCGGAAUCCCUGGUGAAGAACUCCCCUACCCAUGAUCCUGACUAGAAACAACAACCAGUCAGAGAUUCACAGCAAACAAAGCUGGCCAAACAAGCGCUGCAGCAACCUCCCACUCACAUGACAUCCUUUGAAUGACGCACUGUCCUACACUCUCAAACUACUUAUAUAUAUAUAUAUAUAUAUAUGUAAAUAUCUGAAUAUUUUGCAAUAACAUUUAAAUAUACUGUUUCUAUACAUAUAAUUAACAAUUUUAAAUUAAUAGUUAUAUAUUAUUCAUUGGAUUGUAGUUUAUGCCCUCAUGAAACACGGUCUUUUUGUCUGAUUUUCAAAUACUUUUUUGCUUCAAAUUAAAGUUUGUAAUGGCAUGAUUCACCUCGGGCUGGUUGGUUUUAUUCAUGGCUUACAACUCUUUUAUGAAGGAUUUUAUGAUAUGCCUAUGGAAGAAUUUAUAGAAAAAAUACAUCCGGAACCCAGACAUCUGAAAAAGUAAACCGCGCUUCCGGGUUAUUUCAAGCUGCAGAUUUCAAUGGUGGAAAUAGGC